AUGCUCUCAUCGUCGCUCGUGAUCGCGACCAUCAAGAUCAUCGCGGCGUUUCUCCCAUGGACCGACGACCUCUGGACACUGCUGGGCCUCGACCGCUUGCGCUACGUGGACACGCGCGGCCUCAAUGGGUUGCCACAGCCGGUGACCACGCGUGUCUUUCGCUGGUCCAACGUCGGGCUCACGGACACGAUCCUGUUCGGGGACGCCGACAACUUGGGGCACUCGCUCGCACCCGCAUCUCGCUUGGAAGAGCUCCAUGUUCGGUCUUGA